AUGUUCAGCCGGAGCUCCCGGAAAAGACUCUCCAGCCGCUCGGUGAGUGUCCCCCACCCGAGUGUGGCCGAUCGCGCGGUCCCUCCAGUCGGCCCCGAGCGCCCGCGCCCCGCCCCCCUCCGCCCCGCGUCCGCGCACCUGUGGCCCCAGUUGACCGGACUGGGGCGGAUAGAGAGAGGCCAGCCAUGUAACGCCUGUGGUGACCAGUGUCCUGGGUUCGCCUUGCAUAAAUGGAGGAAGAUCUGCCUACACUGCAAGUGUCCCCAAGAGGAGCACAUGGUGACAGUGAUGCCGCUGGAGAUGGAGAAGACCAUCAGCAAACUCAUGUUUGACUUCCAGAGGAACUCAACCUCCGAUGACGAUUCAGGCUGUGCCUUAGAAGAGUAUGCCUGGGUCCCUCCGGGGCUGAAGCCUGAGCAGGUUCACCAGUACUAUAGCUGUCUCCCAGAAGAGAAAGUUCCUUAUGUCAACAGUCCUGGAGAGAAACUGCGAAUCAAGCAGCUACUACACCAGCUGCCACCACAUGACAAUGAGGUUCGAUAUUGCAACUCCCUGGACGAGGAAGAGAAGAGAGAGUUGAAGCUGUUCAGCAACCAAAGGAAACGUGAGAACUUGGGCCGAGGCAAUGUCAGGCCCUUCCCAGUCACGAUGACAGGAGCUAUUUGUGAGCAGUGUGGAGGACAGAUUAACGGUGGGGACAUCGCUGUGUUUGCGUCACGCGCCGGCCACGGUGUUUGCUGGCACCCACCGUGCUUCAUCUGCACUGUCUGCAAUGAGCUCCUGGUGGAUUUGAUCUAUUUUUACCAAGAUGGGAAGAUAUACUGUGGCAGGCACCACGCAGAGUGCCUGAAACCGCGCUGUGCAGCCUGCGAUGAGAUCAUCUUUGCAGAUGAAUGCACAGAAGCUGAGGGGCGGCACUGGCACAUGAAACACUUCUGCUGCUUCGAGUGUGAGACGGUGCUGGGCGGCCAGCGCUACAUCAUGAAGGAGGGAAGGCCCUACUGUUGCCACUGCUUUGAGUCCUUGUAUGCAGAAUAUUGUGACACCUGUGCCCAACAUAUAGGGAUUGACCAAGGUCAAAUGACCUAUGACGGCCAACACUGGCAUGCCACUGAGACCUGUUUCUGCUGUGCUCACUGCAAGAAAUCCCUCCUGGGGCGGCCGUUCCUCCCAAAGCAGGGCCAGAUCUUCUGCUCACGGGCCUGCAGUGCCGGGGAGGACCCCAACGGCUCCGACUCAUCCGAUUCGGCCUUCCAGAACGCCAGGGCCAAGGAGUCCCGGCGCAGCGCCAAAAUCGGCAAGAACAAGGGCAAGACGGAGGAGACCAUGCUGACCCAGCACAGCCAGCUGCAGGUGAGUUCCAACCGGCUGUCAGCCGACGUGGACCCUCUGUCGCUGCAGAUGGACCUGCUCAGCCUGUCCAGCCAGACGCCCAGCCUCAACCGGGACCCCAUCUGGAGGAGCCGGGACGAGCCCUACCUUUACGGGAACAAGAUGGAGCAGAACCAGUCCCAGAGCCCUCUGCAGCUGCUCGGCCAGUGCAACAUCAGAACUUCCUACAGUCCGGGUGGGCAGGGGGCCGGGGCCCAGCCCGACAUGUGGGCCAAGCACUUCAGCAACCCCAAAAGGAGCUCGUCACUGGCCAUGAAGGGGCACGGCGGCAGCUUCAUCAAGGAAUGCCGAGAGGACUAUUACCCGGGGAGGCUGAGAUCCCAGGAGAGCUACAGUGAUAUGUCCAGUCAGAGCUUUAGUGAAACCCGAGGCAGCAUCCAAGUCCCCAAGUACGAGGAGGAGGAGGAGGAAGGAGACAUGUCCACUCAGCAGUGUCGGACCCGUCAUCCCAUCAGUUCCCUGAAAUACACGGAGGACAUGACGCCCACAGAGCAGACCCCUCGGGGCUCCAUGGAAUCACUGGCCUUGUCCAAUGCCACAGGCCUCUCCGCUGAUGGUGGUGCCAAGCGCCAGGAGCACCUCUCCAGAUUCUCCAUGCCCGACCUCAGCAAAGACUCUGGAAUGAACGUCUCUGAGAAGCUGAGCAACAUGGGCACUCUUAACUCGUCCAUGCAGUUCCGCAGCGCAGAGUCGGUUCGCAGCCUGCUCUCUGCCCAGCAGUACCAGGAGAUGGAGGGAAACCUCCACCAGCUGAGCAACCCCAUUGGGUACAGAGACCUGCAGUCGCACGGAAGGAUGCAUCAGAGCUUUGAUUUUGACGGGGGCAUGGCAGGCAGCCAGCUGCCCGGGCAGGAGGGCGUGCGGAUCCAGCCCAUGAGCGAGCGCACGCGGAGAAGAACGCCCCCGCGCGACGACGGCCGCCGCUUCCGACCUCACCGCUCCCGGCGCUCCCGGCGCUCCCGCUCGGACAACGCCCUCCACCUGGCCAGCGAACGCGAGGCCAUCUCGCGGUUAAAAGAGAGGCCCCCGCUGAGAGCCCGGGAGGACUAUGACCAGUUCAUGCGCCAGCGGAGCUUCCAGGAGAGCCUGGGCCAGGGGUCCCGCAGGGACCUGUACGGCCAGUGCCCUAGGACUGUGUCGGACCUGGCUUUGCAGAAUGCCUUUGGAGAGCGAUGGGGACCCUACUUCACCGAGUAUGAUUGGUGUUCCACCUGCUCGUCCUCUUCGGAGUCCGACAACGAGGGCUAUUUCCUAGGAGAACCCAUCCCCCAGCCGGCCCGCCUGCGAUAUGUCACAAGCGACGAGCUGCUGCACAAAUACAGCUCUUAUGGCAUCCCCAAAUCCUCCACGUUAGGUGGCAGGGGACAGUUGCACAGCAGGAAAAGACAAAAGAGCAAAAACUGUAUCAUUUCUUAA